AUGGAUCAUGCCACCGUCCAACCAUCAGAUGGCUCACCAUACACCACCAUGUCUGCCUCCUCCUCCAUUGACUUGUCCUCUCCCACAACCUCCAUAUUUACUCGGGGUCAUUCCUCCAAGGGUUCUGGAUCGUCCAUCGCAUCUUCACCUAUCGCUCGAGAAUCCCUGGACAUGCAUAGUGGAGCAAAGAGGCUGGAAGAUGUGACGGAAGAACCGCAAGAGAAGGAUGAGUUUUCUGGCUAUACCUUGGUUGACCAUUCUCCUGAUGAUCUGAUCGAUUACAACAAGGCUUUCGCCGACAGUCACGACCACCUUUCACCCCCCAGUUCACCUGUGCAACCUGAGUGGACUUUGGGCAACACCAUUGACUGGCCCACCCCACCUCUUGAGCAACGUCAAUUCAAACGGCCGAGAUCCAUGGAUCAAGUUCCCCAGCCAGGCUCCCAUCGUCUGAGCGGUCGCUUAGGCUCACUGUCCAGGCGUUGGCGGAACAGGUCUGCAGCUGGGCCUCAGUUAUCUUUAGUCACUCACAUCAACUCUCCAGCUUCUCGUUCAGGUUCACUCAAUGGCUCUCAGAUUCUCAGUCCAGCCUUGAGUGCCAUUUCCAAGCAUGAGAGUAUGAUUGCGAGUUCUCCAUCGCAAGCCACAACAAGCCAGACUUCUUUCGAGCCCCAGUCAAUCCCUGUCGAUAUUGACUACAAACCUUCCGACCAAGAGGAGCCGGGCCAAGCUACCACACCUCUCCUGCCACCCGUCUUCUCAGAGUUGUUUGCAAAAGAACCUCCGAUACAGUCUCCACUUCAGUCUCCCUCGAUUGCUCCAACUUCGGCCGUCAUGAGUUCACGUACAUCCAUGGAAACUCCCCCAUUAUCUUAUCUUCCUUCCCCACCUCUCUCCACCAAACCGUCCAUGGUCUCUCUAUACAACAGGUCUCGGACCAGUACAAUCACCGGGGAAAUCCCUCCUUUGCAACUGCUGGAUGACAUUUAUGACCCAUGGGCUGUGAAGCUUGGUCAUGCCAACUUCUCCAUUCACCCCGAACCAUAUACGCCCGAAGAAAUGACACUUGACUCUUAUGCAGAGUUUAGAAACAACUGGGACCAAGCACGAACCAACUAUGCCAAACAAAUUGCCAGGACUGCCGAACACUACGGUCCAACUUCCAAGGUCUAUAGGUUGACUGAAGAAAAAUGGACCACGAUAGAUGAUCAGUGGAAAAGACAACAUACCAUCAUGAGGAAAGCCAUGGCACCUCUUCUGGCCCGACUUAGCGAUGGUGAUUCUGAGAUGCAAGAGUCGACGACAUCCAGUGCCGUCCUUGAAAAGCCCCUCACCAAGGUGAUUUUACCGGUCAUCGAUGACAAAAGUGGAAAAUUCCCCGAACUAGGCGAUAUGGAAAUCAUCGGACCCAUGUCCGUGGCUCGACCACGAGCACCCACGAAUCCUCACAAGACUAUCGACUCCAGAGUUUCACCACCCUCACCCAACAAGCGAAAUCUGUUCAAAAUCAUUUCGGAGAUCUUUCGCUCCUAA